AUGAUGCACCCGCAGCCCGUCGCGCAGUCUCUCAAUGACGACACGUUGAAGCAGAGUCGAAAUGUGUAUGUCGCCAGUCUGCCGCUCAGCUUCGACGACCAACAGCUUCAGGACCUCUUUUCCCCUUACGGACGUAUUGUUUCCGCACGUAUCAUGCGCGCCAAAAAGUCGCAUGCGUCGAAGGGCUAUGGCUUUGUCAUGUUCCGUGAGGCCAGCAGCGCCGAAAAAGCAAUCGAAGGUCUGCACGGCCGUGUCGUGGAUGGCUCGCGGAUCCAAGUGCGUCGCGCAAACGCCGAUGCGUCCAUGACGUUCAGUAAAGUGUUGCACACACCCGUGGGCCCGCGCAGCACGCCGUCCACGCAGAGCAACAGUGCCACGUCUGUUUUGCAGUACACCAUCCCAGAUGCCCCCGCGCAGCAUGUCAUGUACUCGGCAGCUCUUCCGCAGGCCGCCACCGGUCUGUACGCAGCACAGCCGUCAACCUCUUCGUAUGCGAUCAUUGCGCCAAGGACCUUUCAAGGCCAGAAUCCGACCCCCUUAUCGAUUAAUCCAAGUUAUGGUGCCAUAAUGAACUCCCAUGUGCUUCAGGAACAGAACGGUGGCAUCAGUGCCGCCUACUUUUCGCACAUGCAGCCACAUCAGGUGUCUGUGCAAGCUGUGCAGCAGCAGCAGCCUGUCUACGUGGUGCUUCUCCCCAACGGACAGCAUAUCGUCCAGCCUAACCAGUUUUCCAUGUAG